AUGUCUAAAUGCCAUAUAUAACUCAUUAGAUUAGCCAAAACAUGCAUAUAACUAAAUUUUGAAGAAAAAUCUUAUGUUUUUAAUGUAUCUGAGGAUUUUCAGAGAUUUAUUUCUGAUUUUAGCAUUAAAAUGAAACUUGGAACAUAGAUAUUUUUUACGAAUUUAAGUAUUUCACACAUGAAUGGUAUAAUUGGUCUCCUAUUGUCACUAAACUUUGACAAAUAAAUUGAAGGUACUAAACUUUUUGGACCUCCUGGAUUAUGUAGAUAUUUUUAAGCUUUCAGAUAUAGCGAAUUAGGAGGAAAAUAUGUAAAUAAUAUAUCUUGCCAUGAGUUUGAAGGAAAAAAUUUUAUAUUUCAAAGUCAAGAUUAUAGUUAAGGGUUCAAACUUGUUUAAUAGGAUUUAGAAAAUUCUUUAAAAAUAUUUGAUGAUGGUAAUGUAAAAAUAGAACCAAUAAUUCAUAAAAAUAAUAAUAUUUCAUAUAUUAUCACAACUAAAAGGAUGAGAGGAAAUGUUUCUAUUGAAAAACUUUAAAAAUUAAAAUUAUCUAAUAUUUAGAAGAAAGAAUUAUUUUAAAAUCAUUAAAUUCAAAUUGAUGAAACAAUUUAUUAAGAAACUUAUUUUAGAGAACCUGAUAUAGAUGAAUAAGGAAUCUUAAUUUUAGAUAUAAUUGAAGAUAUUGAUUUGAAUCAAAUAAAAUUACCAAAUAAUCUAAAGUGUGUCUUCCAUAUAAAUGAUCCAAUAACAGAAUAAUAUAUAAAUUUUCUUAAUAAUAUAAAUGUUGAUCACAUAUUAUGUAAUUAAGAAGUUAAGAAUGAAUACUCUGAUAGUAUACCAAAAACAAAGGCAAUUUGCAAUUUUCUAAAUUAAAAUUACCCUUAUAAUUUCCCAAAAUAUCAAAAUAUUUAUUAAUAAUAUAAUAAGAAUUACAUCUAAUUCUAAAUGAACUUUCAUUAUAUAUUAAUUCCUUUGAAGAAGAAAGGAUAUCAAAUGAUGAAUUCUUAGAUGAUUGGUUAAACUUCUUAAAUUAGAAAAAUAAAUUAUGAAUAAAAACCUGCUCAAAAUUAUUUAUCAAAGAUUUAAUUAUAAUUUCUUGGUACAGCCUCUAUGCGACCGAAUAAAUAUAGAAAUGUUUCAGGAAUUUUAUUAAAAUAAUUAGAUUCAGCAAUAAUUUUAGAUUGCGGUGAAGGAACUUAUAAUUAAAUAAAAGUCUAAAAUAAUUUUGAUUUUAAUUAAAAAAUACUAUUAUGGAUAAGUCAUGUUCAUAGUGAUCAUAAUUUAGGGAUGGCAUCAUUAUUAUAAAAUUGCAGCAAUAUUUAUUUAUUAGUUCCUUAAGUAAUGAUCCCUUGGCUUAUUCAAAUAAUUGAUAUCUAUUAAAUUAAAAAUUCAUGUCAAAUAUGUUACAUUCCAUAUUAAGAUUAUAGUUUAGAAUAAGAGUUUAUGAAUUAGAAUGCAGAAAUGAAGAAAUUCAAUUAAAUAAGUUUGUAAUAACUUGAAUUGGAAUUUAAUAUAAAGAUAUAAUACGUUCAUGUUGAUCAUUGUCCAUAAGCUUAUGGUUUGAGGAUUGAUUUCAAAGAUGGAAGCAGUAUUAGUUAUUCUGGAGAUACUAGACCUUGCAAAUAGUUUAUAAAACUUUCAGAAAAUGUAGAUAUAAUGAUUCACGAAGCUACUUUUAGUGAUGAUCUUUAAAUUAAUGCUCUUAAAGCAAAGCAUUCAACUAUAAGAGAAGCUGUUGAAUCUGCUAUUCUAGGAAAUGCUAAAACAUUAAUAUUAACACAUUUUUCUCAACGUUACUGUAUAUAAGGGGCUUGUUAAAAAUAAGAGAUUAUUAAAAAUCAAAUCGAGAGUACUAUUACUGAAGAAAUAUAUUAAAAAUAUUUGAAUACAAAAACAGUAAUAGCUUUAGAUUUUUUAACCGGUCGUUUAGAUGAGUAUCCAAAUAUGGUAGAAUUAACCAAGUAAUUAUAAGGAUUAAUCGAACAAUGA